UUGUCUGUGGUGACAUUUCCGCAGGCACUCAUGAACGGAAUUCAUUUUACAGCUUUUUGUGCUAAAAUUAUUUAAUUUCAACGUUUAUUUCGAUUUAUUCAUGCAUUACUAACCAUAUACCUUUUCAAAAACAGUUAUCUAUAACCUAUAAUGCACGUUUAUUAGUGUACAAGUGUAUACGCCCUUGAAAACCGUGUUUCAAAAAAAGUCUAAAGUCAGCAUAGCAACAGCAGUUGGAUUCGUUUAUUUCCUAUUUUAGGAAAAUUUAAGAAGUGGUAGCUGCACGGGUGCCUUUAUGGGAUGCAUGGAGAGGAUGUCUGUUGUGUUGAGGGUCAUAGAGAGGCAACACUGAUCUGAUUAAAUAAGGUAUUGUAGUAUCCGCGUGGUGCUUUUGUUAGCGUAGUAAGAUGAUUACACGAAGAUGGUUUCACCCGUCACUGAAUGGAGUGGACGCAGAAAAGCUGCUGAUGGACUGCGGACGCGAUGGGUACUUCUUGGCGCGGCCGAGUAUGAGCAACAAGGGCGACUUCACGCUCUCCGUCCGACGGGGCAGCGAGGUCACCCACAUCAAAAUACAGAACAACGGAGAAUUCCUCGAUCUCUACGGCGGGGAGAAAUUCGCCACUCUCUCUGAACUCGUCCAAUUCUACAUGGACAACCAAGGCCAGCUGCGAGAAAAGAACGGAAACAUCAUCCGAUUAAAAACACCCCUCAACUGUGCCGACCCCACCACUGAACGCUGGUACCACGGACAACUGACCGCGAAGGAGGCCGAGAAGAUGAUGCUGGAGAACGGCAAGAAUGGCUCCUUCCUUGUGCGAGAGUCGCAGCGCCAACCCGGCGACUUCGUCCUUUCGAUCAGGACACGAGACCGCGUCACGCACGUCAUCAUCAGGCGGCAGGACAACAAAUAUGACGUCGGUGGCGGUCAGCAGUUCGAUGACUUGGUCAGUCUGAUAGAACACUAUCGUAACUACCCUAUGGUCGAAACUACGGGCGAAGUGCUAAGGUUGAUACAACCUUUCAACGCCACCCGAAUCCAAGUACGUCAUUUCCAUACGCGAGUGAAACAACUGCAAAAAGAAAAUGAAGGGCCUAUCGAAAGCAUGGCUUACAAACAAGGUUUCUGGGAAGAAUUUGAGACGUUACAAAUGAUGGAGAACCUGCAAUUGUUCGACAGAAUGGAGGGUUCAAAACCAGAGAACAUUCGGAAAAACAGAUACAAAAAUAUUAUACCUUUUGAUCACACGCGUGUUGUCCUGAGGGACAUUCCAGGCGACGCCCCGGCAGGCUCUGAUUACAUCAACGCCAACUACAUUCGGUGCGACAUGUCCGAUUCCUUAUCGGACUCACAGGACAGCAUUUACAUUAGCAACGAAAACGGCUCGCCAACUUCCCGAGAAGGGACUCUCUCCAAAGGCAAACAUAAAACAUCUCCGAACCAUACUACUGUAGUUGUGACGGAGGAGAAGUUUCACCGGGAUGGAAAGCACAACAACGGUGUCCAGAAACUCGUACCGUCAUUUGAGCCGAGCGUUAUCCGGUCGAACCCCAAUUAUGUUAACACCACGAUACCCAAGGCUGUCGUCGAAGCAGAAACUACGAUCGACGAUCAUGUUUAUAACAAGACCUAUAUCGCCACUCAGGGUUGUCUGUCGACUACGAUUUACCAGUUUUGGUCCAUGAUCUGGCAGGAAGAUGUACGCAUAAUCAUAAUGACGACGAAAGAAAUUGAACGCGGUAAAGUGAAAUGCGAGCGAUACUGGCCCGACCUGAAUAAAACGGAGGUUAUAAAAAAAUAUACAAUUUACAACGAAUCGGAAUCAUCGACCCAAGAUUACACGUUGCGACGUUUUCAGGUUACGCGGAAGGACGAUACUGAAUCGAAGAGAACCAUCUAUCAUUUUCACUUCACGGCUUGGCCGGACCACGGCGUGCCCUCGGAGCCAGGUCGCGUCCUUAACAUUCUGCUGGACGUGAACUUCAGGCUGCAGCAGAUAAUGACGGGGCCCGACCCUCCGCCGCAGGCCGUCGUAUGCGUGCACUGCUCUGCCGGAAUAGGCCGCACCGGCACUUUCAUAGUCAUCGACAUGAUCCUGGACCAAAUAAGGAAGGAGGGCUUCGAUUGCGAGAUCGACAUCCACCGCACGGUGCAGAUGGUCCGAGACCAGCGAUCCGGUAUGGUGCAGAAUGAAGCGCAGUACAAAUUCAUUUACAUGGCGGUUCUGGAGUUCAUCGAGACUGUGAAGCAGCGGAUCGGGCUGGGGCCCGAGACGACGACCCAGGACUCGCCCCGCAUCAGGACUCACCCCGUACCUUUUUUAUGAAACGCGCUAAAAGCGUCAAGAAACUUUUGUCGCAAGCUUUAUCCCUCGGAAAAAAAAUAGACGAUUGAAGUUCACGGGAACUUCAGGACUCCAGUGAAACCACUCUAUAAACAGUUGUGAAUUUGUGAAUAUGUUUCAACAUAAUAUGUGUAUCUUCUAAACAAUAAUUUUAUUCAAAAUAAAAAUAUUGGGUGGUAUUUUUUUAAUAAGGUGUAUGUAUCAAUAUUAAAGGUACUAAAUAUUUAAAGUGUAAGGUAAAUUUUAGUUUAAAGAUUAAAGUGCCGAAUAUUUUUUCCAUGUUUUCAAUAGGAAGCUCUGAGCUUUGAUUUCAAUUAUAAUUUUAACAUACUUAUUCAUGUAAAGGGAAGUUUAUAAGGAAACUUAAUUGUUCUACAUAAAUAAUUAUUUAUGAAGUAUUUUAUCGCUGUAUAUUAUGUAUGUAUAGGCACUAAUUAGGACUUGUAUCGUUAGUGACUCAACAAUAAUAUCAUACUUUUCCAAAAAUAAGUUAUUAUUCGAAUAUGAUUGAAUUGAUAGUGUUAACAUAUGAAAUAAAAAUAUAAAUGUUGUUAAAAAACGGGAAUAUUGUUAGAAAUUGAAAACUAUUACGUUUAAUAUAUUAUUAUAUCAUUACGGCGACCUGAUGGAUGUUUCAAAUCGUUGCUUUAACAGUACUACAUGAGGUCAGGCGGUUGGCUUCAAUGUGAUCUCGAAUUGGAUUUUAAUUAGACAGAAUGCUAUUAUAUUUUAAAUCAGGUUCAGAAGUGUUCAUUAUUAUGUUGUGUAUAAAUGUAACGAUAUCUAAAAAUAGCAGCUAUUAGUUGCUCAGCAAAAAACAAAGGCGUUUUACCGCGCGCUUUGUAAUUCAAACACAUUAUGCUUUUGCGUGUAUAAAGUCAAUUAACCCAUAGUAAUUGUAUAUCCACUGUUUCAACAGUCAAUCGGAAAAUUGAAUAAAUUGUAAAAAGCAGAAGUUAAAAUCGGAAUGUAAAUUGUAAAGAUCUAAAUAGAUUUAAAUCUGACGCUAAUUUCGGGGUCUCCCUUUCACAUUUACUUUAUUUUAGUUUUUUUUAGCCAUAUACAUAAUUAUGUUAUUCCUUCUAUGGGACAAAUACCAUCUUUUAUAGUCUUUAUUGUUCUACUUUAACAA